AUGUUCAAGAAGAUCCAUUCUAUAUUUCACCCCAACUCCCACCGAAGAAAUGUGACAGAUGACAUCCCUUACAGUGACGGCACUGGUUCUGCGGUGAGACUGAUCCGCAGCACUUCAAUGUAUGUCCUUGGAGGUGAGCAGGAAAAAGUUAGUGAACCACUAAAAAAAUGCAGGAGUACAACCAGCAUCGACUCUUGCUUCCAGCCAAAAGAGGAAGACAGAGACUGGAUGUACUCGAAGACCCAGGACUGCUUGAAGUACUUACAGGACCUGUUAGCCUUGAGGAAAAAAUAUCUUGACAACAUCAAGAACUUGAAAUCCAUGCAUAUGGCUGCAGAUACCCCAAUGUCCAUAAAAUCAUCCAAAACUGGAAAGAAGUCAUUUCUUCUGCUUCCUUCCAAAGAGUCUUCCAAGGCAUCCAUGGAAAGAAAAGGCCCACAGUCCAGUUCAGAUGAAAGAGAAGCAAUAGCUUUCUUCGACUCAGUCAUUGCAGACCUGGAUUCAGAGAGAUGGCGGAGAGUUCCUGACUUGGAUCUGUCAAAUGUGGAUGUUGAUUUUGAUGUUGCUACCAGCACAAGUGAACACAGUUUACAUUCAAACUGGAUCCUUCGUGCUCCCCGGAGAUACUCACAAGAUACUGCCCAGACUGCAAAGGCUGCAAACCAAUCUCAAAGAAACAGCCAGCGGGGAACCACUAGCUCUAGGAAGAGGCUGGAAAGACAACCCAUGUAUUUACCCAAAGCUGUGGAAGGGGCAUAUAGCACUUUAAAAUUUAAGCCCAAAACACACAAAAAAGAAUAUUGA